CGCUCGAUACCUGAUCGUCAGCAACACGUGGUAAGCCUUGAUGGCAUCGCUUCGUCUAAUUUAGUUAGGAUUUCUAUUGAUUUACAUAUAUAGUUGUGAUUUUAGUCAAAGAAAUGGAUUGCAUUUUGAUUUACCUAUAAUUGAAAAUAAGUUUUGCAAAAGUUGUUUUAUAAAAGAGAGUAAAAUGGCGGAACCAGUAAAAGAUAAAAUUGAAAUGAAUAGUCUGUUAGUGUCACCUGAUGAUUCGUCGCCUAUUAAUGAUCCUAAAACUUCUCUCCAUCUUCCGAGCCCGGGAACUUCGUAUGGCAGUACACUAAGUGUCGGACCAGAGGCUUCUACUGCAAAUUUAUUGAAAAUAGAUUUAGAAAAGAAAAUAAACCGUCAUACUGGAGAAGAAAGAGAAACAUGGGGAAACCGGGCAGAGUUUUUACUUUCUUUAAUUGGAUAUGCUGUUGGCCUAGGAAAUGUAUGGCGUUUUCCCUACCUUACUCAGAAAAAUGGCGGUGGGGCUUUUCUUAUUCCCUAUGCUGUUAUGUUGGCGAUUGAAGGAAUACCUCUUUUCUAUCUAGAGUUAGCGAUUGGACAACGAUUGCGCAAAGGUGCCGUUGGCGCCUGGAAUCAAGUCUCGCCGUAUCUUCAAGGAGUUGGUAUCGCUUCAGCAGCUGUAUCAUUUAACCUUGCAUUGUAUUAUAACACUAUAAUGGCAUGGUGUGUUUUAUAUCUCGUCCAAAGUUUUCAAAGUCCACUCCCAUGGUCCACAUGUCCGACACAUAUCGAGGGUAACGUUACUAUUGUAAAUAAAGAAUGUCAGAUUAGCGGUCCAACGACAUAUUUUUGGUACAGAGAAACAUUAAAUGUAGCACCAUCAAUUAAUUCAAAAAGUGUUAUUAACUGGAAGUUAGUGUUAGCUCUGUUGGCAGCUUGGGUUGUUGUCUUCCUUUGUAUGGUAAAAGGCAUCAAGUCAUCUGGAAAAGUUGUAUAUUUCACUGCAACUUUUCCAUACGUAGUUCUUGUAAUAUUUUUCUUUCGUGGUAUAACUCUUCAUGGGUAUCAAAGUGGAUUGGAACAUUUGUUUAUACCUGAGUGGAAAAAGUUAGCCGAUCCACAAGUAUGGUUAGAUGCAGCAACACAGAUAUUCUAUUCUUUUGGUUUGGCUUUUGGUUGUCUGAUAGCGCUUGCAUCGUAUAACCCAGUGCGGAGUAAUUUUGUUACAGAAGCUUUUUUUGUUACCAUUGCUGAUUUCUUUACAUCUAUAUUCACAGCCACAGUUGUAUUUUGUGUGUUAGGAUUUAAGGCUACUGCCACAUAUGAAGAGUGUUUGCGAGAUAAUAAUAUGACGAUGUCCACAUUACAUGGAAACGGAACAGUAGCUAAGUGUGAUUUCAAAACUAUAAUUUCCGAGUCAGCUUCAGGGACAGGCCUAGCAUUUAUAGCGUUUACAGAAGCCAUUAAUCAAUUUCCUGUUCCUCAAUUAUGGUCCGUUUUGUUUUUCCUGAUGUUGUUUACCCUAGGUCUUGAUAGUAUGUUUGGCACUCUAGAGGGAGCACUGACUUCUAUUAAUGAUAUGAUGCUAUUUCCUACGGCAAGGAAGGAAGUUGUAUGCGGAAUUGUAUGUGGUACGAUGUUUGUUAUAUCAUUGUGUUUUGCUACAACCACUGGGUCAUACGUGUUCGCCAUGUUCGACUCAUUUUCAGCCAACAUUCCACUGUUAAUCAUUGCUUUUAUUGAAUGUGUUGCAAUGUCCUAUGUAUACGGUCUUAAGAGAUUAAGUUUGGAUGUAGAAAUGAUGGUUGGUACCCGUCCAAGUUACUUUUUCAUGUUUUGCUGGCGUUUUGUCGGACCUGUUGCAAUGGUUGUGAUUUUUACUGCGAGUAUAGUAGAGAAAAUAUCCAAUGGAACCUGGUAUGAAGUUUGGGAUUCUUCAAAAGGUUUCGCAGUUACGUCCCCUUGGCCUGGAUGGUGUCAGGUCGUAGCAGCAUUAAUGAUUUUAUCAUCAAUCUUAUGGAUACCAGGUGUUGCAAUUGCUAAAUACUUUAGACUUAUUUCAUGGAAAGAAGAAGUGGCAUCAUAUUUCCCCGAUGAGGAAUUAAUAGAAGAAAGAGGUAUUGAACCACACGAAGAUACUGUUAUAGAAAAAUAUUUGCUAGGAUUUAAAUAAUACAAACGUUUAUAUGCAGCUAAUUACUUGAACCAAUAGUUGUCAGGAUUUAAAUAAUAUAUGGUAACGUUAGUUUGCAGCUUAUUACAUGUACUUGAUCCAAUAGAUAGAAAUUGCAUACAUAAGAUGAAAAAAUUACCGGUCAAAAUAGUUGCAACGAUUUAAAUAAUAGCAAACGUUGAUAUGCAGCUUAUUACUUGAACCAAUGGUUAUAACUUCUCUACGUUAGAUGAAGAUACUACUGGAAAAAAAUAGUUGCCCGGAAUUUAUAUAAAAAAACAUGAUAGAAACGUUAAAUUUAUUUUUUACUUGAACCAAUGGUUAAAAUUUUUAUACGUUAGAUGAAGAUAUUUAUGAUUAAAACAUAUCUGCAAUGUUUUAUUACUACUAACGUUAAUACGCAUUUUAUUACUUGAACCAAUUGUGAGAACUUUUCUUCGUUCGAUGAAGACACUAAAGACAACAAAAUGUUUGCUAGGAUUUACAUGAUAGUAACUUGAAUAUGCAGCUUGCAUUGUAUUUCUUUAACCAAUGGUUAGAACUUUUUUUUACGUUAAAUGGGAAUAAAACUGAAACGAAUAUUAGCCAGAAUUUGAUAAUAUGCAGCUAAUUACUUGGACCAAUGGUUAAAACUUUUCUACGUUAGAUUAAGAUACUACUUGAAAAAAAAAUUAUCCGGAACAGUAAAAAAUAAAGUUACCAAAUCAAAAAGAAAUAAUUGUUCGCGUGAUAAUCCAUAGUUUUUAUCUUUAGAAAAGUUGUUCGUACUUUUGAAGCACAAACUAUAUGGCCGAAUUUGGUUUUGUAAUGGCACAAUGACAAAUCACAAGUGACAUGCAUUUACCAAUGUUAAAUAUUCUGCAUCAAUUUGAAUAUGUAGUAUUCUAUACUGAAAAGAAGGACCUGUGAAAUAUAUUAAAAAACAACACUGAUGCUUUCAUGUUUCUAUUUUUUUGUCAUCAUCAUUUCAAAUUAUUUUUAGUGUAUAUCUAUUAAAGAAAGGCGAAUGAUACCAAAUGGAUAUUUAAACUCGUUAGUCGAAUAUGCAUAGAAAAUCCCAUAGCAAAAUAAAUGUCAGCAAUACA